AUGCUAAACAGUCUAUUCAUUGUGAAUACCGCUGGACGUCUCAUUAUCCAACCUUAUUUCAGCGACAUAAUUCUCGAGAAACAUUGGAAAUCCGUUAUUCAUCGAUCGAUAUGUGAUUACUUUUUCGAAGCUCAAAAAAAGGCAGCCUACCCGGAAGAUGUACCGCCAGUUAUAUCAACGCCUCAUCAUUACCUCAUCAGCGUUUAUCACAACCAUCUUUAUCUUCUUGCCGUAACUGUGUCUGAAACCCCACCAUUAAUGGUGAUCGAAUUUUUACAUCGCGUAAUUGCUACAUUUGUGGAAUAUUUCGAAGAAUUCACCGACAAUGCAGUUAAAGAAAACUGUGUCAUGAUUUUCGAACUGUUAGAUGAAAUGCUUGAUAAUGGUUUUCCGUUAGCUACAGAAUUGAAUGUUUUGCAAGAGCUUAUCAAACCUCCUAAUUUCCUUCGGACUAUCGCUAAUCAAAUGAUGGGUCGAACGAAUGUUUCGGAAGUAUUGCCAACUGGGCAACUUUCAAAUAUACCUUGGAGAAGAGCUGAUGUUAAAUAUACAAAUAAUGAAGCUUACUUUGAUGUUAUUGAGGAAAUUGAUGCCAUAAUUGACCGGCAAGGUGCUACUGUAUUCUCUGAAAUACAAGGAUAUAAUGAGCGAGUACUGUCAUUUGUACCACCUGAUGGAAAUUUUCGCCUACUCUCCUAUCAUAUUGGUUCGCAGAAUAUGGUUGCAAUACCGGUAUAUGUACGUCAUAAUAUGUCGCUUAAGCCAGGCACUACUGGACGAGUCGAGCUAACAGUUGGUCCAAAGCAGAGUAUGGGUAAAGUGUUGGAAGAUGUUAUCGUGGAGAUGACAAUGCCGAAGCCAGUGCAAAAUUGUAUGUUAAUAUCGAGCACUGGAAAAUGCUCUUUUGAUCCGACGACGAAACUGCUUCAAUGGAAUAUCGGAAAGAUUGAACUGGGCAAACCACCAACUUUAAAAGGAACUGUCUCCAUGAGCAGUGCAGUAAAUGUGGAAGCACCGCCAAUUACCGUAUAUUUCAAAAUUAAUCAAUUGGCUGUAUCAGGGUUAAAAGUGAAUCGCUUGGAUUUGUAUGGUGAAAAGUACAAGCCGUUCAAAGGUGUUAAAUAUAUCACUAAAGCUGGAAGAUUUCAGGUGCGUACAUGA